AUGGCAUCACCAUUCUUCUUUGUCAACAAGAAGUCAGGGGAUUUAUGUCCAUGGCAGGACUAUCAGAGACUCAAUGAUGCUACCAUCAAGAAUGCUUACCUCAUUCCAUGUGUGGAAGUCCCUUCUGCCAAACCAACCAUCUUCACCAAACUAGAUUUGCAUACUGGAUACAACAAUGUACACAUCAAAGAAGGUGAUGAAUGGAAAGGAGCAUUCAUUACUCUAUGA